CUCAGGGUAGGAUUGUGCUCACAGUCACAGGGAUGGAGCUCAGCGCUGGAGUUCUCAAGACUUGAAUUUCUGUUCGCUCUUCUGGGACUAGGAAGGAAAGUGAUCUUAGCCAGAUGUCUAUUGGACAGCAGCCAGAAGAAAGAGGUUCUUCCUGCAUAAGGUGUAAAGGGGAAUGUGCAGGUUUUCAUACACACUCCUGGAGGAAGACCUGUGGUUGCUGUCGCUGCCCCCGAGAAGAUCACAUGUUGCCAUGUGAUGCAGAAGAAGACACCCGUAUUGGACAGCUGCUUUCAGCCCCGAGAUUUUCUGCACUGACCGCACGAGUUAAAGGCAGUGAAGGGUUGAGGGUCUAUAAAAGAAAUCGUAUGAUAAUUACUAAUCCUAUUACUUCCCGCAAGGACCCAACAUUUCUCACUGUUACUUAUGAGUGGGCCCCUCCUGGACUCAACCAGAAACUGGCCAAGCGCUACAUGGAGCUAAUCCCCAAGAAGAUGCAACCUAUUGCUGGUACAGAGGGGGCACAUUAUCGACGAAGGCAGUUGGUGAAGCAGCUACCUGCAUAUGACCAGGAUCCAGAACAGUGCCAAGGCCUUUCAGAGCAGGAACGUUUGGUCAUGGAAGGAUUUGUAAAACAAUACAAAGAACAAGUCCUGGGGGUGGCCGAGGUGGCUUUGCCUUGUAGUAUGAAACAACAACAGCUGGAAAAAGAUGGCAGCAAUAUUAAAUCAUCAAAUGGGAUGGAAGAGGAAGCUGCUGAAAAGACUGAAUAUGUGUGUGACAUGUGCCAGCAACGCAUGCCAAGUGACGCCCCUGCGGUGUAUGCAGAGCGUGCAGGUUAUGAGCAGCAAUGGCAUCCUUCCUGUUUUGUGUGUUGCCAAUGUAGGGAACCACUGGUUAAUCUAAUCUACUUCUGGAAAAACAAUCACCUUUGGUGUGGAAGACAUUACUGUGAAAGUGAGAAGGCACGAUGUGCAGGCUGUGAUGAGAUAAUAUUCUCAGAAGACUACCUGCAUGUGGAUGGCCAGUCCUGGCACUUCAAGCAUUUCACCUGUAUGGGCUGUGAGCAGUCGCUCAGCGGAAAGUCGUAUGUUCUGGAUAAAGGUCAACUCUUAUGUGUCAGUUGCAGCAAAAUCCAAUCCAAUCAGUAGGAUCAAUAUAUCCAUCAAUGAUGAUAGGACUUGUGUCCCAUCCCUUGUAUUUCAUCUUUAAAGAUUUAACAGAUACAAAAAAAUGCUUCCAAUGUAAUGUAAAGCUUUGGUCUGAAGAAGUAACCAUACUCACAAUAUUUUAUUGUUAUAUUAUUGCUAAUACCUGAGUCUUUGGGGGAUGUCUCCAAUAGUUUCAGAGGACACCUACCUAAUUAUUACAGACAUUCUGGAAUAAAAGACCCGAAGAUCUUUCUCUGAACUUCAAUCAGGGGGUCAAUAUUGUUAGCUGAAUUCCUUAUUAACAUAUUACUGGAAUACUAGCAUAUGUAGAUAUUUAUUUGAGUAUGUUGUGUAUACUAUUUGUACAUUUAUAUAUGUUGUUUAAAUACAAUGUUGAAGUGCCCUAUGUUUGUGAGUUUCUAUAGAUUGUGCAGCCAUCUCAAUAUCUAAAAGUGGCAUCUCUAAGAUAACAAAGAUUUAAAAAGAAAAAUGAUAAAGUCUAUACAUGCAACACAAUAAAAAUCUAAAAAUAAUGGUCUAUAUUUAGCUCCUUAGAUUAGAUUAAAAAGAAAA